CAAACGGACAAAGAGAAGACGGAGAUGGCUUCAAGGCAUAGGAGACGUUUUGUGUCCUCGCAACAAGUCCCCCCGGAACAACCAACUACUGGCCCGGUGUCAGACUUUUUUCUCCCAGACGUUUCUAGUCCAGCGCCAAACCCUCCACCUAUUGCCUCUAAGGCAUCAGAUUUCUGCUUCAAAAUGGCUCCAAAGGGAUUUGAGAGAUUCUUGUCGUCCUUGAAUGAUGACUACUUCAACACCGACACUUUUUCCGACGUUAUCGUUGUGUGUGAAGACCAAGAGUUCAAGGUACACAGAUUAGUGCUGGCAUGCCACUCCAAGUAUUUCGAGAAGCAGCUUAAUGGUAAUUGGAAGGAAAGCCUCGAGAAGAAAAUAGAGAUCCAGGACUUUGACCCGGGUAUUGUUGAAUCGAUGUUACGGUAUAUGUAUUCAUUUAAUUACAACAAUAUCCGUGGUGUUUCAUCAAUGGUCUAUGACGCCCAGGUCUACCAGAUUGCAGACAAGUACGACAUACCGACGCUGAAAGAAUAUUCCAAGGAUAGGUUCUGCACAGCGAUCACCACUGGCUGGAACAUGGAUGAGUUUCCACUUGCUAUCAAUGUUGUGUAUGAAUCUACACCUUCCGAGGACAGAGGACUUCGGGAUUUGGUAGUAGAAACCUCCCUCUUGCAUCUAGAUGCACUUUUAGAGCGGGACGGUUUUAGCAACAUCCUCAGAACAAGUGCUGACUUCUCUGCUGAUCUCAUACCUUUUCUUUCACCAAACACCAGCAUUAAAGAAUGCACUUCGUGUCACAAGGAAAUUCGACGCAUCUAG